UGGUGUGCUCACGCACGUAGUGUUGAUAAUCGAUAAUGGUAUUAGUUCAAAUAUUUUGGUGAUUAUGAAAAUAGUGGUGAUUUUGAUGUUGGUGGUAUGCGUGGAAGCGGACACUGGGCAGCCGGCUGGGUUUAUGGCUGAUUGUCCAGGAAUGAAUCGAACGACUGUCUUGUCAGAGGCCACGAAGCGUUCACUAUCAGUGGUAGUAGUGUACCCCACUUCAGGCUUCCUGGGCCACCGGGAGGUACGGUGCAAGCUCAGCACAGAGGGCGCCGCGUGUGCAGCCAAACACCUUGACUUUAAGAAACGGAAAACUCAGGUGAUGAUCAGCGGUUACUUGGACGGCUCCUUCUCCCCAAUAGUGCGCUCGUUCAUAGCGAUGUACCUGAAACUAGGACGAAACGUCAUCGUCUUGGAAAUAUUUCCCAUUCUUGUGCGAACUUAUCCCAUAGCUGCCCGCAUCACAAAGCCGCUGGGUGAGCUACUAGGCGAGUUCCUCGCCUCCCUGACCUUCCAAGGUUUAUCUCCCCGUCGUCUUGAGCUGGUGGGCGGAAGCCUGGGCGCCCACAUCGCGUCCUUCGCAGCCGACACCUACCGACAGUUGACCGGCCGACGACCCGCUAGGAUUACUGGCCUAGAUCCGGCGGGUCCGUGCUUCCGCAACGUGCCGGCCACGGCGCGCCUACACGCGGACGCGGCGAAUCACGUCGACGUGCUGCACACUAACAUCGACGGCUUCGGGAUAGCACAGCCUUUGGGACAUGUCGACUUUUAUGCUAAUGGAGGUGAAUUCCAAACAUCAAUAAAAGGCGACUUCAUAAUGCCGUGUUUCCAACUAUGCAGUCACAUUCGUUCUGCAUUCUACUGGCUCUUAGCCUACAGCAACCCCGACAAAUUUGUCGCAGUACAAUGCGACUCAGUCGCAAACGCUAGAAUAGGCGAUUGCUAUAAUGGAACCAUAAGGACCAAUGUUUUAGGACCAAAAACUAACUUCAGUAAAACGGGAGUGUUCUAUCUACCUACUGAAGCUACUGCACCCUAUCAUUUAGGUUUGAAUGGUUUGAAGAAAAGAAAGUUUGGUGUGAAUGACUAUCUGAUGACACCGGCCCCUGAUGAAGACAUGACUAUUUAGAUGACGUCAAAUCAUAAAGCUACUAUGUAGUUGUCAUCAUGAGAAAUAUGUUCGGUGCAUAAUUACGAGAUCGUAUUCAUUAAACCGACCAUUGUAUAUAAGGCUUAUUAUGU